AUGCACCAACAAACCACAGGGAACGUCCAUUCAGCCAGUCCAUGUGUGGGUAUCCUCAACGGACCUGUCACAAAGACCCAGCCUCAGGCCUGCCUCGGUGCUACAAAGCUCCACAUUGAGGCAUGCGUAUCGGGUGUCCGCUGCCAGGAAGAGCACCAGGUGUGUGUCACCAACAGGAAGUCAGCAGAGCCGACUGAACCGUCAGAUACGGUGAACGGGAUCUGUCCGAUCAUAUCGUCCGUGGAGGCUGGACUUCCUUUAGAGGCGGGACUUACUGUAGGCGUGGGACUUCCUGAAGAGGCGGGACUUCCUUACUUGCUAGACGCCCGUGUGCCUAUACCUGUUCCCGACCCGUAUCUCUCACCGUCACAAGACAGGAAGGGGAUCAACCAGUCAGAAUCCCAGUUAGCCUCACCUGUCCUACCUACUGGGCUAGAGAGUGGAGGAAUUACAGAGAUACAACAACGACAACAACAACAAACACAGCACUCCAGUUCACAACCCCAGGAAAAGGAUGCCGUUCAAACCCAGGGCCUAAUCCCUGAGCUCCAGGACCAGGGGGGCUCUAGCCCAGAGUCACCCAGGGACAGUGAGCACUCGCCUGGGGAGCAUGAGUGGGAUGAGGCCUGGCUGAGGGAAGGCUCCACCUCUGUAGAGCUCAAGCCUGGUUUUGCUCAUCCUCAGUCUGACACUGAGGGGGGCAUUGAGGAAUGCCUACCCUCCAACCCCUACUCCCUCCCCCACAUAGACAGGCCGCUUUGCUCUGACAGCUUAGGGUCAGACGACUCAGAACAUUCCCAGCUGAAGACCUCUGACAGAGAGUACAGGACAGGAUCAACCCAUUCCCUGUCUGUGGAAAGAGAGGAGGAGAAGGAGGAGGAGCGAGAGGAGGAGAAAGAGGAGGAGGAAGAUAAUCAUGUUUACAGUCAGCAGGAGCAGGCAGUAGAAAGCACGCCCUGUCCUUAUUCAGCACAGUCAAACACUGUUACAGCAGAACUGUCUGACCUUACAGACACUGUUACAGCAGAACUCUCUGACCGUACAGACACUGUUACAGCAGAACUCUCUGACCGUACAGACACUGUUACAGCAGAACUCUCUGACCGUACAGACACUGUUACAGCAGAACUCUCUGACCGUACAGACACUGUUACAGCAGAACUCUCUGACCGUACAGACACUGUUACAGCAGAACUCUCUGACCGUACAGACACUGUUACAGCAGAACUCUCUGACCGUACAGACACUGUUAUAGCAGAACUCUCUGACCGUACAGACACUGUUACAGCAGAACUCUCUGACCGUACAGACACUGUUACAGCAGAACCCUCUGACCGUACAGACACUGUUACAGCAGAACUCUCUGACCGUACAGACACUGUUACAGCAGAACUCUGUGACCGUACAGACACUGUUACAGCAGAACUCUCUGACCGUACAGACACUGUUACAGCAGAACUCUGUGACCGUACAGACACUGUUACAGCAGAACCCUCUGACCGUACAGACACUGUUAUAGCAGAACCCUCUGACCGUACAGACACUGUUACAGCAGAACUCUCUGACCGUACAGACACUGUUAUAGCAGAACCCUCUGACCGUACAGACACUGUUACAGCAGAACUCUCUGACCGUACAGACACUGUUAUAGCAGAACCCUCUGACCGUACAGACACUGUUACAGCAGAACCCUCUGACCGUACAGACACUGUUAUAGCAGAACCCUCUGACCGUACAGACACUGUUACAGCAGAACUCUGUGACCGUACAGACACUGUUACAGCAGAACCCUCUGACCGUACAGACACUGUUACAGCAGAACCCUCUGACCGUACAGACACUGUUAUAGCAGAACCCUCUGACCGUACAGACACUGUUACAGCAGAACCCUCUGACCGUACAGACACUGUUACAGCAGAACUCUCUGACCGUACAGACACUGUUACAGCAGAACUCUCUGACCGUACAGACACUGUUAUAGCAGAACUCUCUGACCGUACAGACACUGUUACAGCAGAACUCUCUGACCGUACAGACACUGUUACAGCAGAACUCUGUGACCGUACAGACACUGUUACAGCAGAACUCUCUGACCGUACAGACACUGUUACAGAAGCAGAACUCUCUGACCGUACAGACACUGUUACAGAAGCAGAACUCUCUGACCAUACAGACACUGUUAUAGCAGAACCCUCUGACCAUACAAACACUGUUAUAGCAGAACUCUCUGACUCUGAACAUAUUGGGCUGCCAAGCACAGAGGAGACAGAGGAUGCUAUAGUCCCCUUCAGCCCUACAGGAGUCUUCAUAGAGAUCACCAGUGAUCUGCUUGUUGACCUCAGCUCACAUGGUGUGUCUAGUGACAUAGGCCAGGGGUCAACCCAACCUACAGAGACUGAAUCUCUUCAGGGAGGCAGCACAGAACCCUCUGCCUUAGAUCAGAAAGCCACGCCGCUGAGGAGGAUAAAGAUUACAGUGGGAACAGACUCUGCUGUGUGUAACGACGAGGUCCAGAGCCAGCUGAAGGAGCUAGACAUCCAUCACAGCAUUUCUGGGCCUGAACCCUCUCUCUGCACCGUGCCACCCUCCAUCCUGCCUCUGUCCUGCCUCUCUGACUCCAACAACAACACCAAGGCCAGCGAAGGGUCGGUGUUGGGGUCUCCCUGUACAAGGAGUAAGGGGCCAGAGCAGUGGUCCUCCAAGGUAGAGGUAGCCCCCCAGAGCAGCUCAGAGGAGGGUGGAGAUAAAACCCAUGAUGAGUCCCCUUCCCUGACCGAGCCCUCCACGUUUACCUCUGACCUCCUGGGGGAGACCACAGAGACACCAGACAGCCUCCUAGAAUACCCCCCUGAUGACUCUGAGGAGCUCCUGUACUACCUGGCCUACAAGCACUACUGGAGCAGCGAGGACUCUGCCGUGUCCGGGUUGGAGGACGAGUGUCACUUCAGCUUGGCUGAGGUGGAGGAGCUAGAGAGGCUCCAGGGAGAGGGCCACGGAGACGUCCCUUAUCAGAACAAUACUGAAACUACAGCUUCCUACCUGGAGACCAGAGGCCUGCUAUUGGACAGCGCAGAGAAAGAGGAGGUGCAGCAGUCCAGCCCCCACCAAUCCCCUAACCCUCCCUCAGAGGGAGACAGACAGGACUGUAGCAAAUCACCCGGGGCUUUAGGAUUAGAGGACAGUUUGUUUGCUGAGGAGUCCAGCUCGUACAGCACCUACCUCCAGACCAGCUCUCACCCUGCCCUCCUGCAGCAGGAUCCCUCGAGCCCAUCCUAG